CUCAGCUUUUAGGACUGGCCCCUUUACCUCAGGCUCGCGGGCUCUAUUUAUGCCGCUCAGACGUUUGCGCAGCCUUGCCAAUCAUUGCCAGUGCGUGAGGCGCCGCAGCGCGCUUACCUUGCCGCCUAUCUCAAACUAGUUUAAACUCAGCAUGGACUCGUCCUCCAACGCCGCCAACGACGUCGAAUCGAUGAGUAUAAAGGAGAUGAAGGCGCUCAUAACCAAAGCUGGACUGUCGCAUACGGAUUGCUUCGAGAAGAGCGACCUCCGACAACGCGCGCGCGAGGCGCUCGCAAAGACCGCGUCGGCGGAGACGCAACUCUCGGAGUCCGACGAGAUCGAGGACAGCGAAAACGACGACGCGCCGCCGGCGAAGCGCGCCAAGGCGGACGAUGCGAAGAAGCCGCAUGUCUACGCGCUGCUGAUCAGCACGGGCCAGACGAGCCUCGAGGACACGUCGAUCAUCGGCCUCUACAAGACCUGGGCGGACGCGAUCAAGAAGGCGAAGCACGUCUUAGCGUGGGGCGAGAGCGGCAAAGGGGGCGAGUUCUGGAACCCGGUGGAGAACGACGGCAUGAUCCCCCUCGGAGGGGACAUCGACGACGAGUACGGCGAGAAUCUCGAAGACUACAACGACAAGACGGAUAAGUACCGGACCGAGCCGAAGAGAAGUACGGAUGGGAUCGAGGUCGCGUCGGCGACGAACGGCCAGGGCGAUUAUGGAAACAUGUCGAUGUGUAUCCAGAAGGUCGCGCUGCCGUAGUAGACACUGCUGGAGGUGCCCUG